GAAAGACAAAAAUAAUCCAAAGUGGCGCACUUUAAAAAGAUCAUACUAUUCUCACUCCCUUUAUUUGCAUUCUUUGUUGCUCUACUAAUCACGCUGCGAAACGGACCUGGAACGUGGGGAAUUGCUGGACUUGAUCUCGGAUCAGGAGAGGAGAGUAAAGGGGAUCUAGAAAUUGUUAGUGAAGAGGCAAUAGAACUAGGUUCAGAAGAAACUAUGGGUGGUGGUCAUGGAUACCGCGCCGUGGCGUAUUUUGUAAAUUGGGCAAUUUACGGCCGCAAACAUUUCCCCCAAGAACUCCCCGCCGAGAAAUUAACCCAUAUCCUCUAUGCCUUCGCCAAUGUCCGUCCAGAUUCUGGCGAGGUUUAUAUGACUGACGGCUGGGCCGACACUGAUAUUCAUUUCGAAGGUGAUUCAUGGAAUGACGUCGGUACUAACUUAUAUGGUUGCUUGAAGCAGCUCAAUAUCCUCAAGUCACGAAAUCGAUCUCUGAAGAUAUUGCUUAGCAUUGGUGGCUGGACCUAUUCGUCUAAUUUCGCCCAACCAGCCUCAACGGAGAGCGGAAGGAGAAAGUUUGCAGAGAGUGCAGUGGAUUUGAUAAGGAAUUUGGGGUUCGAUGGAAUUGAUAUCGACUGGGAAUACCCCAAAAACGCCGAAGAAGCACGAGAUUACGUUCUUUUGUUGAGAGAAUGUAGGGAAGCCAUGGAUCGUUAUUCUAACACUCUUCCUACACCUCACCACUUCGAACUUACGGUAGCAUGUCCGGCCGGUCCUCAAAAUUACAAUAACAUGGAUAUUUACGGCAUGAACCAAUACCUCGACUUCUGGAACCUAAUGGCAUACGACUAUGCGGGAUCGUGGGAUGGUGUUGCAGGACACCAAGCAAAUGUGCUUGCUAGCCACAAUAACCCAAGCUCCACGCCGUAUAAUACGGAACAUGCAGUCAGGGCAUAUGAGGCGAAAGGAGUACGUAGCCAUAAAAUUGUACUUGGGAUGCCGAUUUAUGGAAGAGCCUUUCAGGGAACUGAGGGAUUGGGACGACCCUUCAACGGGGUGGGAGAGGGUACUUGGGAAAAUGGCGUGCAUGACUUCAAAAAGUUACCCCAGGAAGGUGCGAGAGAGUUUGUGGAUGAGGAAACCUGUGCUAGUUAUUCAUACAACGAAAAUACCAAAACCCUUAUAUCGUAUGACACAGUCGAGGUCGGUCGCAGAAAGGCUCACUACAUCAAGCAAAGAGGCCUUGGUGGUGCCAUGUGGUGGGAAUCUUCGGCCGAUCAUUCAGAGCCAGAAAGGUCUCUAAUUCACAACGUGGUCAACGUUUUGGGUAUUUUGGAGGAAAGCCCGAAUUGUAUUCAGUACCCGGGUAGUAAGUAUGAGAAUUUGAGGAACGGGUUUUAGCAUGGGUGAGUGUAAUAGUUCAAGAAACGCGAUCAAAUGGGAAUAAGAAGAGUAAUUGAUCGGGCGUUGGAAAUGGGUUAUUUUAGAACAUCGGCUUACA